AGGAAGAUCCGCAUUACGACAGCUGGUCAAGUGUUGCCAUAACAGGCAAGCGGCUAACGCUAAUGUUUGCUAACUAAUUAGCAGGAUAGGUGUUGUUGUUGUGUGUGUGAGUGUUCCAGUCUGAAUCAUGGAACAGUGUGCAUGUGUGGAGCGGGAGCUGGAGAAGGUGCUCCAUCGCUUCGUAAUGUACGGCCACCAGUCUGAGGAGAGGCUAGACGAACUACUGCGCAGUGUCUGCGAGAUACGAGGACAGCUAGUUGCUUUUGGAGUACAAGAUGCAGACUUAUCAGUGCUAUCCCAGACUAUGGCUCAGUGUUGUAAGAAUAUCAAAGAAACAGUGCAGAUGCUAGCCUCUCGACAUAAGGACAUCCACGGCAGCGUGUCAAAAGUCGGCAAAGCCAUUGACAGGAAUUUCGAUGCAGAGAUCAGUGCUGUGGUGGCGGAGACAGUGUGGGACACCCCAGAGAGACAGAAAUACUUGAGUGAGACCAUCGUGGAGCACCUGUACAGACAAGGGAUGCUCAGUGUAGCAGAGGACCUCUGUCAGGAGUCUGGUGUAGUUAUAGACAUGAGUAUGAAGCAGCCUUUCCUCGAGCUAAAUAGGAUCCUUGAAGCUCUGAGGAUGCAGGACCUCAGGCCGGCAUUAGAGUGGGCCGUGACGAAUCGGCAGCGCCUUCUGGACCUGAACAGCAGUUUAGAGUUCAAGCUGCAUCGCUUGUACUUCAUCAGCCUGCUGAGUGGAGGAAUCGGCAACCAAAUGGAGGCCCUGCAGUAUGCCAGGCAUUUCCAGCCCUUUGCCUCGCAGCAUCAGAGAGAUAUCCAGAUCCUGAUGGGCAGUCUGGUGUACCUACGUCAUGGCAUUGAGAAUUCUCCGUACCGCAGUCUGCUGGAGACAAAUCAGUGGGCUGAGAUCUGCAACAUCUUCACCAGGGAUGCCUGCGCUCUGCUGGGCCUCUCCGUAGAGUCUCCACUAAGUGUUAGUUUUGCAUCAGGAUGCAUGGCCUUGCCAGUGCUGAUGAACAUCAAGCAGGUGAUCGAGCAGAGACAGUGCAGCGGAGUCUGGACGCACAAAGAUGAGCUGCCUAUUGAAAUCGACCUGGGGAAGAAGUGCUGGUACCACUCUGUGUUCGCUUGCCCAAUUCUUCGGCAGCAAACCUCAGAGAGCAAUCCUCCCAUGAAGCUCAUCUGUGGCCACGUCAUCUCCAGAGAUGCCCUCAACAAACUCACUAACGCUGGGAAGUUGAAAUGCCCGUACUGCCCCAUGGAGCAGAAUCCGUCACACGCCAAGCAGAUCUACUUUUGAUACCGCACACUCUCCUCAUCAAGGAUGAAGUUACCUGGAGCUCUUUGCGUUUCCAGGACCAUUUGCUCUGGCCCUUUUUCCUCUGUCCCUGGCCCUCCUGGCCUGUUAUUGUAAGCAUUAAGGUUUUAUCCCAGUGCUCCUCUGGACAGCCUCGGCCAUCCUGUAACCCACCUCGGACCCUCCAACUUUGCGAAAUAUACAGCAGGGAUGGUCCACCGACAACCUGUAGUAGAGCGAGGAGCCUGUCAGUAAUGAGAGCAUCCUCGCAAAGAAGAAGCACCUCUGAAAAACGGAUCAUUCAUUGAAACUCAUUUGCAAAUGCCUGCAGAGUUAUAGGCUUAUCUUUUUAAAGUAUGUAAUACUUUAUAGUGUUUGUUUUCUCGGCUUUAUUGACUGUUUGAGUUGGAUGACUGCUUCGUUUUUUUUUGGGUUUUUUUUCUUCUUCUUUUUCUGUUUUUGGACAGAAGCAGUUGGAUGAUUAUGAAUGGGUGUAGAGUGUGGGUGUAGAUAAGCAGUUUCUGAUUUCAGGAUAAACUUCUAUUAUACACGAGAACGCCCACAGAGUAACAAAACUGUGUAGAAGGUUUAUUAUUUGCUGGUGAAGGGAACUGUGGAGGUCUAUCUGGAAGCGAACUCUCGAUUGUGACCCAUUACAUUAUGUAAUAAAGGCCUCACGUAGCUUGAAAGUCACUGUCAGCUGAUGCAUCUGUUUGAUCAGUAGAACAAAUAUUUCAUCAAUGGUGGAACAGCUUUUUUUUCUUUUUCUUUUUUUUUUGUGACUGACUGCACCAGCAAGAUUUUCCUCAUUAUAGAAGCCAUUUGUCUUGUUCUAUGUAUGUAUUUAACAAACACGACAAAAAGCAAACAAAAAAUAUAUACUACUGUGAAACGUGUUUUUUAUUUUUAUUUUAAUUUUUGUCCCUAAUUUUCAUCGCAACAAAACACAACGGCUCAUGUAAAAUAGCAAAAAAACAAAAAAACUCGGAACAGCGACGCGCGCAAUCAAAACACUACUGCGUAACUUCUUCACGGUUGUGCCAUCGCUCGCUUUCACUCUGCUGUGUAUCCUACGCUUGCACGCCAUGUGGUUUUUUUGGAGAUGUAAAUUGGUGUGACGGUAGCCGUAUGGUCUGAUUUGCGGUGACUGUGGGCUUGUGAUUAGGCUUUACUUGUUGUGGACGGGGAUCGUUGUGGCUGUUGUUUAAUAUAUACCUACAAAAUGCCUCCGCUGCAUAGCUUUUCAUUUGCAGUAGUGACAUUUAAGACAUUUUCCUCAGGGCUCAUUGUAACAGUUCAUACCACACUUUGCAUUUAGUAUUAAAAGUUGUACAAUUUAUAUAAGGAGUCAAAGAUUACACAUAUUUCACUCUAGAGGCUGAUAGUUUCGGGGGUUUGUAUAUAUUAUUCAAUUUUUUUUGUGGUGUGUCAUCCUUCACUUGGAGAAAGCGUGUCAGCGGCGUCCCAGGCGUUUGGAUGUACAAAUACAGUAUGUUUAGGUGGUCGAUACUAAUAGUGCAAGUUCCUGGUGUUCUCUUGAAAAUGGUGAUGUCACCUCACACUCAAGUGAGGCCAAUUUUUUUUCGAAUUUUAUUUCCUCAGCAAGCAAACUGCACCAGCAUAGCUCACAUCUGCAACACCACGUUCGGUUAACAUUUGAUCCCGGGUUCAUUUUUGUUCCUCGUGUGGGAGAUUUUUUUUUUCUUCUUCUUCUCUGUUUUCUGCCUUCGGUUGACAAUCAUUCAUUGCUUCUCUUGAGUGUUCCUUCAGAUAGACUGCUAGCGCUUCGUACUUCUGUCCUCUUCAUUUUUUUUGCUGAAUGUUUGCAUUUCCGGCUUUUGUGUGUUAUGCAACUUUUAUUGUAAAUAUUUAUCCUCUAACAUGUUUCAUAUACUUGCAUCUGAAAUUAAAAUAAAAAAUUUAUACUCCA